GUUUUCAGUUGCAUCAACGAUUGGGCCGAGACAAACCUGCAUACAGUAGUAGGCUGGUUCGAAAAGGUAGAGAGUGAGGGACAAUUCGUAUGAUGAACUCGUUCUGACUUCAAAUUUUCGAAAAACAAGAAUAACAGACCGAGAAAAAACUCAGAGAUCUGUGUGCAACUACAACUACCUGCAAGAAAGCUUUUUAGCUUUUUCAUAUAAUCAACAAAGAUGCCCGAAUAUGGUGCAUCACUGGAGGAGCUUCGCGCCCUUAUGGAGUACAGGAGCGCCGAAGCCAAAGAAAAGAUCGAGACAGAUUACGGAGGAACAACGGGUCUGUGUGAACGAUUGAAAACAGAUCCCAAUAAUGGACUGCCCAACAACGAAGAGGAGCUCGAAAGGCGAAGAAACGUGUUCGGAGCCAAUGAAAUUCCACCACAUCCACCGAAAUGCUUCUUACAGCUUGUUUGGGAGGCUCUUCAGGACGUCACUCUUGUUAUUCUUCUUGUUUCUGCAAUCGUAUCACUUGCUCUUUCAUUCUACAGACCUCCUGGAGAAGAUACUGCGGGUUCGGAUGACAGUGAACACGAUGCCGGAUGGAUCGAAGGUGUCGCAAUUCUCAUCUCAGUUAUUGUCGUCGUACUGGUCACGGCUCUCAAUGAUUACACAAAGGAACGUCAAUUCCGUGGUCUCCAAGCGAAAAUCGAAACCGAACAUCGAUUCUUCGUCCUUCGUGGCGGUCAAUCGGUACAAGUCGUCGUGAAUGAGCUCGUCGUCGGUGACAUUGCCCAGAUCAAGUACGGAGAUUUGAUUCCAUCAGACGGAAUUAUCAUUCAAUCGAAUGAUCUUAAAAUGGACGAGUCCUCGUUGACAGGAGAAUCGGAUCAAAUCAGGAAGAGCCCCGAGCACGAUCCGAUUAUUUUGUCUGGAACACACGUUAUGGAAGGAUCUGGAAAGAUGUUGGUGACAGCUGUCGGAGUCAACUCACAGACUGGAAUCAUCAUGACACUGCUCGGCGCCGCCAAGACCGUCGCUGAAGAGGAACGAAAAACUGCAAAGAGAGAGGGCGGCGAUGGAGCAUCUGGAGCCGAGGAAGGAACUGCACAGGCGCUUCUCGACUCGAAAGGAGAUGAAGCCAUGGCUAACGGAAAAGCUGUCGCUGCAGCGGAAUCUGACGGAAAGAAGGAACGAUCUGUGCUCCAGGCAAAACUUACACGGCUUGCUAUUCAAAUUGGAUAUGCUGGUUCAUUCGUCGCCGGAUGCACCGUUCUCAUUCUCAUCAUCCGCUUCUGCAUCUCUCGUUACGCCAUUGACGGAAAAUCAUUUUCACUUGCCGAUUUCCAACAUUUCAUCAAUUUCCUCAUCAUCGGAGUCACCGUGUUGGUCGUCGCCGUUCCAGAAGGACUUCCACUUGCUGUUACUCUUUCUCUUGCCUAUUCGGUCAAGAAAAUGAUGCUCGACAAUAAUUUGGUUCGUCACUUGGACGCGUGUGAAACAAUGGGAAAUGCCACUGCAAUUUGUUCUGACAAAACGGGAACACUCACCACCAAUCGAAUGACUGUUGUUCAAUCGUUUGUCAAUGAUGUUCAUUACAAGGAUACUCCAAAGAUCGAGUCACUGGAUCAGAAUACCGCUAAACUCAUGAUGGACUGUAUUUCAAUCAAUUCCUCGUACUCGUCUCAAGUUAUUCCACCAAAACAACUCGGAGAACAAGCCACCCAGCUUGGAAAUAAGACAGAAUGUGGUAUGCUUGGAUUCGUACUUGCCCUUGGAAAAUCGUAUCAAGAGAUUCGUGAUCGCCAUCCGGAAGAGACAAUUCCAAAAGUUUACACCUUCAAUUCAGUGAGAAAGAGCAUGUCAACUGUCAUCAAUCUCCCCGAUGGAGGAUACCGUGUGUUCAGCAAGGGAGCAUCGGAAAUUGUCACCAAACGAUGCAAGUAUUUCCUCGGAAAGAAUGGCACUCUCACCAAGUUCAGCUCGAAAGACGCUGAAAAUCUAGUUCGUGAUGUGAUUGAGCCAAUGGCUUCUGAUGGACUUCGUACGAUUUGUGUGGCUUACAAGGAUUAUGUGCCAUCGUCCAAGAAGACUGCUGACAAUCAAAUCGCCUAUUCAUCGGAGCCAGAUUGGGAGAAUGAAGAAAUGAUUGUUGGAGACAUGACCGCCAUCGCUGUCUUGGGAAUCCAGGAUCCAGUUCGUCCAGAAGUUCCAGCCGCCAUCACUCGUUGCCAGGAAGCCGGAAUUACAGUUCGAAUGGUUACCGGAGAUAACAUCAAUACCGCCAGAUCCAUCGCCACCGCCUGCGGAAUCUUGAAACCCGGAGAGGACUUUAUCGCAUUGGAGGGCAAAGAAUUCAACGCCAGAAUUCGUGAUGAAAAUGGAGAAGUCUCACAGGAGAAGCUCGACUUGAUCUGGCCAAAGCUUCGUGUCUUGGCUCGUGCUCAGCCAUCUGACAAAUAUGUUCUGGUUAAGGGAAUCAUUGAUUCUCGUGUCACUGAUUCAAGAGAAGUCGUCGCUGUAACUGGAGACGGAACUAAUGAUGGACCUGCUCUCAAGAAGGCUGAUGUCGGAUUUGCUAUGGGAAUUGCUGGAACUGAUGUCGCCAAAGAGGCUUCUGAUAUUAUUCUGACUGACGAUAACUUCACUUCAAUUGUUAAGGCAGUGAUGUGGGGACGUAAUGUCUACGAUUCGAUCGCUAAAUUCUUGCAAUUCCAACUGACCGUCAACGUUGUCGCCGUCGUAGUUGCGUUCGUCGGUGCCUGCGCUAUUCAAGAUACUCCACUCAAGGCUGUUCAGAUGCUUUGGGUUAAUCUUAUAAUGGACACGCUUGCCUCGUUGGCGCUGGCCACUGAAAUGCCAACUGAAGAGUUGCUCAAAAGAAAACCAUAUGGACGUACUUCUCCACUCAUCUCGAGAACAAUGUGCAAGAAUAUCCUCGGACAUGCUGUAUAUCAACUCGUCAUUCUUUUCACGCUGAUCUUCUACGGAGAAGUGUGCUUUAAUAUUCCAUCUGGGCGAUGGGCUCCACUCCACUCUCCACCAUCGAAACAUUUCACUAUUGUAUUUAAUACAUUCGUCAUGAUGACCCUCUUCAAUGAGAUCAACGCUCGUAAGAUUCACGGAGAACGUAACAUUUUCAAGGGAUUGUUCUCGAAUCCGAUCUAUUAUGUUAUCUGGAUUGCCACUAUGAUCUCUCAAGUCGUUAUUAUUCAAUUCGGAGGUCGCUGGUUCAGUACUUCAGCGUUGAACACCACAGAAUGGCUUUGGUGUCUGGCUUUCGGAGUUGGAACACUUCUUUGGGGACAGAUCGUCACGAGCAUUCCAACAGGAUCCCUUCCAGCCAACAUGACCAUCGGAUCCGGUGAAGCUCCAACAAAUGAUCCAUUAAUGCCAGAUUAUGAGGAUUCCGAUACUCACGAAAAGAGAUCCGGACAAAUUCUUUGGGUCCGUGGAUUGACUCGUCUGCAGACUCAGUUACGAGUCGUCAAAGCAUUCCGAUCAUCAUUAGAAGAAUUCGAUGAGCGACGAUCGAUCGCCUCCACACACUCGGUUCAAUCAAUGCGUGGAGGAUUCUGGAGCGGCGGUGGACGGCACACAACGACAGCCGCUUCACCAGAACCAGCCGGACAACGUAUUGCGAUGGCUGCAAUCACGCACAGGCAAUCGCCACAGCCGUACCCAUACUAUCAUCACCAGCAGCCACGGACUCCGUCUCCACAACCACAUAUUGUGGUGGAGAAUGGAACAUCAUCGGGGAAUAAUGGACAAGCAGCGACGGCGGCGGCAGCAGCACCAAAAGCCGAAACGAAUGGAAAAACCGAAAAAGUACCGCUGGUGCAGCAAUGGUCUCCGGACACAAAUUCUUCGUAUACUCAAACACAGCGAAGCAUCAACAAGAGCAUGUCUCUUGAUACUCCAGUUUCUGUUGCUCACGUGUAAUUCUUUUUGAAAUAGAGAUUUUUUAAAAUCUUUUUUUUCAAUUCCUCACCCAAUCCCCGUCUUUUCAGUUACAGUAGUAAUUAUCGUGUACACCGUCUUUUUUUCAAGAUAUAUAUUUGAACUCAUUAUUUCAAAGUACUUAGCUAUCAUCAUCUCUAGACCAGAUUAUUUUCACCCAAUCUUUCAUGACAUUUUCAAUUUUAUUUAAUUUUACAUUUUGUUUUACUGGUAGAUUGUCCCCCCCUUUCCCCAUGCCGUUGCAAAACACUCUAGUUUUCAAGAAAAAUCAAUUAAUACUUUGUGCAAUUUCCAAGAAUCACUUUCCAAUAUGACAAGGAAUGGUUACGGUAGCCGCCCACUCUUUGAAAAGUGUGUGUCUCCUCAAAAAAAUUUUUAAAAAUAAUUUGACCUAACUUUUUAGACACUUUUUUCAGAUUUCUAUGGUUAUUUUUAUGCUCUUCAAAUUUUGUUUCGAUUAUUCAUUAAAAAACGCCUAAAAUCUUGCUCUUUUGCCCCAUGUUUCCUUUGUUUUUUUUUUUCAGUUUUCUCUUUUUUAACAACGGACUUUUUAGUAUGUUUUUUCGGCUAUAUUUUUCUUUUUUUUUUGUCAACCACCACUUUUUUAGACUUUUAAAAUGUAUUUGAUGAUUUUUGAAAUAAAAAACUAAUGACUUUUG